UGGUUAUGGCUGCUCGGAUCACUACUAUGAGUCUGACACACUCUUGCACUCAUUUCAAGUUCUGGCAAAGCUUCUGGAGUCUCCAGCUACUCAUGAUAUUAUCUGCGAUGUGGGAAUGCCUGUUCUGCACAGAAACGUUCGCUACAAUUGUCGAGUGAUCUUUUUAAAUAAAAAAAUUCUUCUGAUCAGACCGAAAACAGCAUUGGCAAAUGCAGGAAACUACAGGGAACUUAGGUGGUUUACCCCGUGGACCAAAGCAAGGCAUGUGGAGGAAUACUUUCUACCCAGAAUAAUUCAGGAAGUGACUGGACAGGAAACUGUUCCUUUUGGGGAUGCAGUGCUAGCAACCAAAGAUACCUGCCUAGGGGCAGAAAUAUGUGAAGAACUCUGGGCACCAAACAGCCCUCAUAUUGAAAUGGGACUUGAUGGCGUGGAAAUUUUCACUAACUCUUCAGCGAGUCACCAUGUGCUGAGGAAGGCUCACACCCGGGUGGAUUUGGUGAAUUCUGCCACAGCAAAGAAUGGUGGAAUAUAUAUUUUAGCUAACCAGAAAGGCUGUGAUGGUGAUCGUCUGUAUUAUGAUGGCUGUGCCAUGAUUUCGAUGAAUGGAGAAACAGUUGCACAAGGAUCCCAGUUUUCACUCGAUGAUGUGGAGGUGCUGGUUGCCACUCUAGACUUGGAGGAUGUUCGAAGUUACAGAGCAGAGAUUUCAUCUCGUAACUUAGCGGCAAGUAAAGUGAACCCUUAUCCCAGGGUAAAAGUGAAUUUUGCUCUGUCGUGUUCUGAUGAUGUAGCUGUACCUACUUGUAUGCCCAUCCAGUGGAGACAUCAUAGUCCUGAGGAGGAGAUCAGCCUUGGUCCUGCAUGUUGGCUUUGGGACUAUUUAAGGCGCAGCAAACAGGCAGGAUUUCUCCUACCUCUGAGUGGUGGAAUUGACAGCUCUGCUACAGCUUGCCUAGUGUACUCUAUGUGUCACCAGGUUUGCCUGGCAGUCAAGAAUGGCAAUGCAGAUGUGCUGGCUGAUGUGCGCAAGAUUGUGAAUGAUGAGACCUAUGUCCCUGAGGAUCCUCGAGAAUUUUGCAAGCAUAUCUUUACCACUUGCUAUAUGGCUAGUGAGAACUCCUCCCAGGAUACUUGCAACAGAGCUAAGCUUCUGGCUGAGCAAAUAGGCAGCUAUCACAUCAAUCUGAACAUAGAUGUGGCUGUGAAAGCUAUUGUGGGAAUUUUCAGCAUGGUGACAGGUCGAACUCCCCGUUUUUCUGUCUACGGAGGGAGCAGCAGAGAAAACCUGGCACUCCAGAAUGUGCAGGCCAGAAUAAGAAUGGUCCUCGCCUACCUGUUUGCUCAGCUGACACUUUGGACUCGUGGGAUGCCAGGGGGACUUCUGGUGCUAGGGUCAGCCAAUGUGGAUGAAAGUCUCCGAGGUUACUUGACAAAGUACGAUUGCUCAAGUGCUGAUAUCAAUCCCAUUGGUGGAAUCAGCAAGACUGAUUUGAAGAACUUCAUACAAUAUUGCAUUGAAAAUUUUCAGCUCACGGCCCUCAGAAGUAUCAUGUCAGCUCCACCCACUGCGGAGUUGGAGCCCCUGGUGGAUGGACAGGUGGCUCAAACUGAUGAGGCAGAUAUGGGGAUGACAUAUGCAGAGCUCUCAAUCUAUGGCAAAUUAAGAAAAAUUGCAAAGGCUGGGCCAUACAGUAUGUUCUGUAAGCUGAUUAAUAUGUGGAAGGAAAUUUGUACUCCAAGAGAGGUGGCAUCAAAGGUUAAGCAUUUCUUCAGGAUGUAUUCCAUUAACAGACAUAAAAUGACCACCCUCACUCCCUCCUACCAUGCUGAAAACUACAGUCCGGAUGACAACCGAUUUGACCUGAGGCCUUUCCUUUAUAACACCACGUGGUCCUGGCAAUUCAGGUGUAUAGAUAACCAGGUAUCCAAGCUAGAAAAAAAGGAAGGAAUUUCUCUUGCUGAAGACGUGGAUUGAUUUGCUGUCUCAUUUAACUGUAGUAAU